CGUGUUUUGCGGUCUGCGAAUUCCCGGGAUGGGAAUGGUUUUAAGUGCACUAGCUGGUAUCGUCGAACGUUGAUUGUAACUUGGACCUCAGCGCCAGGAUGACGCUGACGGAGUACAUUGGCGCGCUGGCGGAAAACCCGUACUUUGGGGCCGGGUUCGGUCUGUUCGGGGUCGGCGCCGGCGCCGCAAUGUUACGUAAAGGGAUACAGGGAGCGAUGGUUCUCUUCCGGCGCCACUACAUGAUCACGCUGGAGGUGCCGUGCCGGGACAAGUCGUACCAGUGGCUGCUGCAAUGGAUCACGCAGAAGGGCGCUCGCAAAACGCAGCACCUCAGCGUGGAGACGUCGUUCGAGCAGCGUGAUACGGGCCACGUGAAAACGCGGUACGAUUUCAUCCCGUCGGUCGGUACGCACAUCAUGCGCUACGGCGGCACCUGGAUCAAAGUCGAUCGAGCUCGCGAGCAGCACACGCUCGAUCUGCACAUGGGCGUACCAUGGGAGACGGUUCAAUUGACCGCGUUCGGGCGGGACAAGCAGCUGUACUUUCGCAUCCUGGAGGAGGCGCGCCAGCUGGCACUUAAGAACACCGAGGGGAAAACCAUCAUGUACACGGCGAUGGGCUCCGAAUGGCGUCCGUUCGGGCAUCCGCGCAAACGGCGACCGAUAAGUUCCGUCGUGCUGGACGAUGGGGUUUCCGAGCGCAUUUUACGCGACUGCCGUGAGUUCAUCCAAAACCCGGGAUGGUACGCCGACCGUGGCAUUCCCUACCGACGCGGUUACCUGCUCCACGGUCCGCCCGGGUGCGGGAAAUCUAGCUUCAUCACGGCCCUUGCGGGCGAAAUCGAGUUCGGUAUCUGCCUGCUAAACCUGUCCGAGCGAGGACUAACGGACGAUCGGUUAAACCAUCUCAUGAACGUGGCUCCGCAGCAAUCGAUCAUACUGCUGGAGGACAUCGACGCGGCGUUUGUGUCACGGCAGGACACGCUCCAACAGAAGGCGGCUUUCGAGGGGCUAAAUCGGGUCACGUUCAGUGGGCUGCUGAACUGUCUGGACGGAGUGGCGUCAACCGAGGCCCGGAUCGUCUUCAUGACCACCAACUACCUCGAGCGGCUGGAUCCGGCCCUCAUCCGACCGGGGCGGGUCGAUGUCAAGGAGUACGUUGGACACUGCACACACCACCAGCUCGAGCAAAUGUUCCGGCGGUUCUACACCGGAGCGGAUGCGGAAGCGAAUGCACGCCACUUCGCGGAGCUAGUGUCUGCCGACGGCCGGAAAGUUAGCCCGGCGCAGAUUCAGGGCUACUUUAUGGUUCACAAACUGUCCGAUCAGCAGACAGUGCUGGAGAAUGUGCUCGCUAUUUGGGACAGCUCGUGAGAAUGUGUCCCCGGGGUAGAGUUGUGUUGUUGAUAAUAUAAUCGGUUAGAGGCAACCCGGAAUGUGAUUUAGUUCUUUCGUAAUGAAGGAGCCCGAAAGCGCACCAAAUUUAAAUUGCUAUCAGCGAUCGCGACAUGGGUGAAUUUUGGGGAUGAUUUAUCGAAAAUUCCGUACACAGUUUGUCGCGAACUAGAACUACAGCUACACCAGCACUUGCGCGGCAUUCGUGUUCCGUAAGUUAUCGUCCCGGUGUCGGUACUGCUCCUUCCGGACCAUCCGCCCGAGUAUUACCAUUUUUGCACUAGCGCCUAUUUUGCGUCCCGCAAAGCCGGGUAUCGAAAUUCCCGAAACAAACGCCUUCCUACGCUACGUAUACGUAUAUUUAACGUAAAUUAAAAUGUGUUUCUGCCACCACCUGAGGGUCUUGGGUACCGGUCUCGUACGCCCAUUGCGGUGUUGGCACAGAAUAAAUAGCUGAUACACUUGC